AAACCCAACCCAAUCUAACACCAACUUAUUUCAAUUUGAGAUGCUUAGGCCCAAUUAAGCCCACUCACUACUUGAAACCCCAACCCAACUCCAAAACCCACCAUUUUACAUAAAACAUAAAAAAUGGAAAAAGUGAGGCUUAAGUCUUCGUCCUCACCCACACUCACCCUCGGUAUCCUCUCACAUCUCCCGAAUACUCAUCUUCUUCAAGUAGCCGGCGGCCACCCCUCAAAAUUCGCCGUUGAUCAAGCUUCUCUUCCCUUCCACGCCCAAAUCUCCUUCGAUUCUCUCUUCCUUUCACACGAUCCCUUUGCUUCUCCUUCCAUGGGUUUCAUCUCCCUCAAACACAGCCGACAUCCAUAUCCUCUCCUCAAAGUCGCCGGCUACUUUUUCGUUUUCCAAGCGCCAUGGCUACCAAAUUCUGUCAUCCGAGCUUUCUUCUGUCUUGUAUUUCACCGUCUCUUCCAUCCUCCAUGCACGCUUUGUUUUCUCCAGAUCCACCGACAGCUGACAAGUUCUCCAAUUGCCAUCACCCCCUCCCAUGGCUCCCAAAUCCGUUCUUAGCCCUCACUCUUCCCUCCUUUGAUUUUCCUCAUUCCGAUUUCUCUUCUCAGCUUCCGAUUUCAGUUGCCACUUUUUCAAAAUUCAUGGCCACCGAAGAACAACAGCGAGUGAAUAUCAAACAUAAAGAGGAUACGCCCGGAUCAGCAGAUCGGUGAUGGUGGUGGUCACUACGCCGACGAGUGAAGGUUGGAAUUGGAACGAAAAGAGCUGGAUCUGUUGAUUGGUGGCGGAGGUGAUGUACACGCGAAGCUCCAGCGGCUCGGCAAGAUCUCAAUCGUCAUCCGACUGAAACAAAUCUGCAGACGAAAUCUAUGCUAGCUGCGGAUCGGGAAUGGGUGACGACAAGAUGAAUUGGGCGUAGAUUGAAGGCCCAAAUGCAUUUUUGCAGAUUCUAGGAAAGGAGAAACAUAUUUGAGAAGCCAAAAGCCAUGGAUCCAAAUGGUCCGGAGAGUUAUUUCUAGAAGGUUAAAUGCUAAUUUUGCUCCCUUAACUUUAUGAAGUUAUAUUUUUUUAUCCCUUAAUAAUUUUUUACACUUUUU